UCCCAAUUUUCUCUUGAAGAUCCAAGCUGGAGGAAAAAAAAGCGUGUAUUUCAGCAGAUAGUGAGAAGAUGGCUGCCCGUCAUCUUCAGCCUGGGCCAUCUUUAAUCACAGCAUUGUUGAAGUUUCUGUGUAAGCUGCUGAAGGGUCUGUUGCGAAAAGCCUGGCAGCUUUGUACAUCAAGCACACUGAUACUGCUACUCAUCUACUGGGCCCAUGGAAAUUUGUUUAUUUUGACUUUAGUGUUUGGUGCACUUUUUGGUUUAUUUUAUAAUUUUCAGGAUUCUUUGCUGUAUUUCCCACAACAGCCAGAGUCAUCAACAUCGUAUGUGACACCCCCUAGUGCUGUUGGCAUUCCUUAUGAGAAUAUUUAUAUGAAAACCAAAGAUGGUGUAAACAUCAACGCUGUCCUGUUCAAACAAUCGCCUCUACAUUGCUCCCGAGUGCCAACAAUUCUAUUUUUCCAUGGCAACGCUGGUAAUAUAGGACAUAGGUAUGUGAAUGCAAAUGCAUUGUAUUCUACUUGCGGUUGUAAUGUAAUGCUCUUGGAAUAUAGAGGUUUUGGAAGAAGUGAUGGGACUCCUAGUGAAUCUGGCAUGUAUGUGGAUGCCCAGGCUGCUCUCGACUACCUCCAUACUAGAUCAGACAUUGAUCACACAAAGAUGUUCCUCAUGGGUCGGUCACUAGGUGGCGCUGUUGCAAUUCAUCUAGCCUCUAAAGUUGAGAAUCAGGACAGAAUCCGAGGUAUCGUGUUGGAGAACACGUUUACGAAUAUUCCAGAAAUGGGUGCUGUAGUUAUUGGUCUGGACUUCCUCAAGUGGCUUCCUUUGAUAUUUUAUAAAAAUCAGUAUCUUUCUCUUUUGAAGAUAUACAAAGUCCAAGUACCAACUUUAUUUUUAUCAGGGUCAAUGGAUGAACUCGUUCCGCCAAAUAUGAUGUAUAGAUUAUUUGAGAGAUGUGGUUCAAGAGUAAAGAAAAUGAUACGAUUUGCUCGAGGAAGUCACAAUGAAACCUGGCAAUGUGAUGGAUAUUUCCCAACAAUUGCUAAUUUUUUAAGUGAGGUUACAAGACAGGAAUCCAUUCCUCUGCAGAACAGUGCAAUAUAUGGUGUACAGGAAGAACUAAAUGUAUGAUUCUAGUUGUUUACUUGUUAAUUAAUGACAGGUGAUACUCAGAUUAAAUUCUAUGCUAUCAAAUAACACUUUGUUUACCACACAUCUUGUAUAGCUUGUAUAUACUGUACUUUAUAUUUUAGAGAGUGCUUUUUGCAGUAAAUUACCAGUGUCUUUCAUAAAGGUGUGAACUCAUGAAUUAUUCAUUAUCUCACAAAUAAUUGUAAAUGAAUGAUUCAUAAAUUUUAUUAUAAAAUGUUAAUGUGGUGAAGGUCCACAAUAAACACAAUGCGCAAAGUAUUAUUUGAAAAUUAGUUAAAACUAAUUGAAUAUUCUGUAACAAAUAGAUUAGUGUUAAUUACCUCAAAAAGUUUUGUUUUUUACACAUUUGCAGCCAUAAUUCUUUCUUUUCUGUUCAUCACUGGUGGCCUAAGGCCCUUUCCAGACUAUCAAAUUGUAUUUGAUAAAAACAAUUACAUGCCUAAAUAUGGUCAUGAUGACAUCACAUCCUGACCAUAUUUAGGCACACUAUGACUAAAAUGGGCAUAAAAAUGUUCAUUGUCGAAGAAAAUUUGAUAGUCUGGGCUGGCCUUGCAUAUCCCGCAGGGUUUCUGACAAUUUCUGACAAAAGGCCACUGGGGUUUAGUAGAAAAGCACUGUAAAAUGUUCAGUAGUAUUCAACUUUGUUUGUAGCUUGGUAGUUACAAUGCUUGCCUUCCUAUCCCAGGGUUUAAGUCCUGCAAGUGAAAGAAUUUUAUUUUUCCUUACGACUUCAUGUUAAUAUGUUUGUCUUGUCAAAAUGAUUGCCAACCAAGAUAAAGACUUUAGGAGCAUUACAGGCCUCUGUUGUAGCAAGAGUUACUUGCUAAACUUUUCAUAGCAUGUGUCCCCUGUGGGCAAGCAUUAUUUGAAAAAUUAUAUUAAAACCUUUCCUUUGCAAAUUAAAAAUGAUGUGUAAGUAAUCACAUUCCUAUAUUUA